AUGUUGGCCCCAGCUGUGCCAGAAAUUACAGAAGAGAGCCUUCACGAGUCAAUCGAUGCCCGCACCGAAUCUCUUCUCUCUCUUCGUGAGCUCGGCCCGCCAGACCUCGUCCACCUCCUGAGACAAAGCAUACGCAACCCACUGAAGCAGUCCGGCGUUUACCACCAUGUCACUGGCGUUGAUGCAUCUUCCUCUGCCAGUCUCGCGGCAUACAUCAACACUCUCACAUACAAAGAGCACGGGCCCAGCGCGACCUCGAAGAUAGUAGAGGGCGUUUUUUGCUGCUACAAUGCAUUCUCUAGGCUUGACAUGCGUGUCCACGUUUCGAUCCCCGGUACUGUCGAGAGCUACUGCGUUGACGAGCGAGGCGAAAAGCGCAAGGCUUCCGAGGAUCUCUGGCUAGAAACAUAUCUGUGCAGCGUUUUGCGCGCAUACUCCUAUGCCGAUGAUGGAAGUGGUGACACGAUUCGCAAGAUCAUGGGCGUGCGACGCUUUAACCCUGUUACCAACACCGAAGCCGAGCACCGCUUCCUGUUUGCUGCCGAGCAGCUCUUCUUUCGCGGGUGGCAACUCGGUUCCGACUCCGUAGUACAAGUUCCGACCAAUGUUUCGAACCACCUGACCACUGGGCUUUUGAAGUAUCUUGAGACAACCGGCCGCUACGCUUCAGGCAUUAACCUGUUUGAGAAGCUUCGAACGCAGAGCAUUGAAGUUUCGUCGCUUCUUGCCAAGGUCCAAUUUAUGGGCAAUGAAGAAGUUGCUGGUGUCAGGGUGCUGUACGAGUCCCUUCAGCAAACACCCAUGGACUAUGUCAUGCUCGAUACACAAGCCGAAUUUCUCAUGAAGAAAGCACAAAAGGCUGAGACACCAGAGCAACGAACCGACCGACUGACAAUGGCGAUGGGAUGUGCAGAUCGUAGUACAAUUGCCGCCCCAAGCGAAUUUGGAACUUGGGCCAGGCUUGCUCAGGUAUAUGUCGCCAUGGAGGACUGGGAAAAUGCCCUUACUACGCUCAACUCGUGCCCAAUGUUCACAUAUCAAGACAAGGACGCGCCGUUGAUGCCGGAGCCCAAGGAAGUCCAGCUUCCUAUUCUGCCCGAAACCAGACUGGAUGAGAUUGAUAGCGAGCCUGAGUCGAGAUUCUCUGAACAGGUUGACCCGAGCAUCCUGGGGCUGCGGGCGGCCGCCUAUCGAGGCACCUUUAAAAAGGCCUACAGCAUCUUGACAGAAAUGACGGCAAAGAUUGGCUGGGACCAGCUGCUCAAGACUCGCAGCACUGUAUUUGUGAUGGAAGACGAGUACCGCACGGAGAAGCAGGAGGCAACGCAGGGAGCCCACAAGCGCACCCCUAGCACUGAUGCCCUUCGUGGCACUCCCGAUCCGACCCCCAACGGAGAUGAACAGAACGAAGAAGAAGAGAACAAGGGCGAGGCGACUGAAAAGGUAAAUGGCGAAGAGAACGGCGAAGAGAACGGCGUUGAGCGUCCUUCCAACACCAUCGAUCCCAAGAGCCUAAAGGGCGACCAGGAAAACGGCGACGGUGACGAGUCUCUGUCCAAGCUCAACACAAAGCGGUUGUGCGAGCGAUGGUUGGACAGCCUAUUCAUGGUCUUGUAUGAAGACUUGCGUGUGUAUACUAUCUGGCGCACUCAGAUGGCUCAGUACCGCGCACAACAGAUGCAGUACAAGAAGUCUGCGGAGGAGUGGGAGAUACUGGGCUCCCUUGCUGAGCGUCUGCAGCAUUUUGACGAAGCCGUCGAGGCAUACCGCGCAUGCUUGUCGGUUCGUUUCAGCCCAAAGGCCCUCGCUGGUGUCCUUCGCGUCUACGAGCGGUCAAAGAGCACGCGCGAGACUGUCGCAUCCGUCAUUCGACUGGUUACGUGGCAGUAUCGAUGGUAUAGCGAAUUCAGCCCAGAGCUGCUCCACACUAUCCGUACGCUGAUUGAGGACGAAGGCGCCGUCAAGGUGCGAAGCAUAAUACAGGCCACAAGCCUGCCACAGGCUGUGCUGGAUCUCACUCAUCACUACGCUGCCCUUUGCGCCAACUUUCGCAGCAGCGGUACCGAGGGUUAG